AACACUCUUUCUACACAAAUUGAUAUAUCUUUAAUGUUUCUCAACAAAUGUGCUUUGUUUCUGCAAGGUAUUUCAAUGAAGAUCUUCCAUGUCUUUCGAAAAACAUGAAAUAUUGUGCAGUGUGUUUGUGUUUUAUUUUGCUGUUCAAAAUUGCACUUGGGAUUAGAGGCUUUUCAAAUUACCUCAGAUGUACUAACGAGGCUGCUUUACCGGUCAGAGAUCGAGACCUAGAGUGUGAGCGGAAGGCAGAGGAAGGAUCGUGUGACUUUUUUGACUGUUAUGAAGCACGAUUCCCUUGUAGAAGAUGUGGCUUCGCAGCCAAUCCAGAACGUAAUUUCUGUAGGAGGUUCUUCAAUCCUAAUAAUUACAGAAAUUUUGACGUGCAGGGCCAGCAGUGGAUUAGGUCUGCCCACCUUUGUCUUACACGGAUCAUGCUUUCUCUGUAUGUCCAGAACACGGUCAGUUGUGCGGUCAGUAAACGGAUAAUGAUGAACGCUGUAUCCAAUUGCUACCUGGGGAACUCUGAACUGUCCUUUUGCGAUAUGUUCGAGACCAAUCAGUUUGCAUUUUUCCGGUUGUAUGACAUCAGGAAUAUGCAUGAAAUGAUAAGAGCUAAUGAGGAAAUGAGUGAACUCAGACAAACUUGUGAAAUAACUGACCAGGUCGUACCGGUGUCUCCAAUACAUAAAUGAUCAGCUACAAUGAGAGGACAAGCUAGUGAAGGAACACUGUCUUGUGUUGGCGGUGUGUUAUAUAUACAAAUGUGGAGUGUGCAUUAAAAACCUGACUUAUUGGUCAUCGGACAGAAGAGUGCGCUCCAUGAAUGGUCAAUGACUAUGUGUUUUUCUGUACAUGGACAUUGUUUGACAAAAAAUAGGUGCAGAUUUAUACGGGUCAAACCUGUUGUAAAUAUCUUGUAAAAUGUAUAAUAAUGUUUAUAAUUAGGUCAAACACCAGCCAUCAUGUAAAUUCUCAUCAGCAGGUUUAUUACAAACAGUUUCCUUCCGUUCUGAUCAGUCAAAGUAUCAGAGCUUAUUUUCUAUUUCCAAUUUUAAUUUCAUUUUCGCUCUUUAAUGGUGAUAAUGAAAAUAAGGUCAACUUUUUUUUCAAAAACGUGGGGAAAAAAAUUGAAUAUCAAUAAACCAGACAUUGUGCAAAGAACUGUAACUGGGGUAUAUAUAGUGAUAACAGGCUAAAAGAAAUACAGAUAGACUUCACUAUGUUGUUAUUUUGUAUUGAUUGUUUUUCUUGUUGUUUCAUUUUCGUAUCAUAUCACCAUUUAGAUAAUUUAUACUCGAAAUGUGAUUUUUAUUAGAAAGCAACUUUGAAGACAAAUAUUUACAAUAAGACCGCCGAAAAAGCAUAAUGACCAAGUGUUCCAGAAGAGUAAGCGUUUUAUGCCUCAUCGACAACUGAUAAUUGAUACUCGAAAUGUGAUUUUUGUAAAUAAGCAAUUUCUCCGAAUUCUUCUACUACAUGCACAAAUAUUUUACAUAUCGUUAUGAGGAUAGUCUUGUACAUAUCUAUAUUCAGACAGCAAAUCUCGCAAAAUUCACCAACGUGGAAUCUAUCGCCUCCUCACAGAUCCAUGGCUUCUUUUUCACAAUGUCUUCUGAAUACUUUGUCCUACCUUGAUCCUGCUAAAGUAGGGUGCACUUUGGGAGAGUUGGCUUGUUUUCACUCGAGCUUUCAAUUUCAGCCACAACAUAUCAAACGGGUUGGGGGGCAAUCUGUGACCCUGCAGAGCGUAGUCCGUUCGGUAAUGGUGGGCAUGAAGUGAAAACACAGAUUUUAUUCGCAUGUUUUGUCUGCUUAUUUGUAUAUAUACUGUAUGUAUGUUAUAUUUAAGUGUGAGGAUGUAUACCUCGACACUGUAAACAGAGAAAUCACUUGUAACUGAUGUGUACGCACAAAUUUGUUUACGUUUAUUUAUGAAAAAUAUAGGUUAAAAUGAUACACUUUUUAUGUGUUCAUGUUGUAUGUAAUCAUGGUUCGAAUAUUGUCCUAUCUUUUUUACAUGUAUUUUUGUAUUUUUUUCACCAUUCAACUCAAACGCACAAAAGAAUAUCUUUUGACAAAGUGUAAAUAUAGAUAUAUUGUUUAGAUAUAUAUGUGUGUGUAUAUAUUUACAAUGUUUUCCGCAAUACGUGGAAAGAUUUAAUGAGAUGUUAUGUAAAUCAAGAAAGCCAGUAUUUCAGGGGAUUUUGAAGGUCAAUAUAUUCGUUGUAUAUAUGUGUACUUUUACUGAUACAGAAAUAAAACAUUGUCAUCGGAA